CAGAGCUCUUCUGACAGGGAGUCCACCCUGACCAUCCUCCAGGUCCUCGGAGAUCUGCUUUCUGUUGGCACAGACCGGAGGAUUCGCUACAUGAUCAGCAAGGGUGGUAGCGAAGCCCUUCUGCAGACCUUGGUGAACACAUCCAGGACGGCUUCUCCAGACUAUGACAUCCUCUUGCCUCUCUUCCGGCUGCUGGCCAAAGUUGGCCUACGAGAUAAAAAGUUUGGACAGAAGGCACUGGAAUUGGAAGCACUUGAUGUGACAUUGAUUCUGGCGAAGAAAAACCUGUCUCACAGCCAGAACCUCCUCCACUGUCUCUGGGCUCUGCGUGUCUUUGCCUUUAGUGUCACCACAGGAGCCAUGCUGGGAAUUAAUGGAGCGAUGGAACUGCUUCUCAAGGUCAUCACCCCUUAUACCCAGAAGAGCACCCGAGUAAUCAGGGCAGCCACUGAAGUUCUGGCAGCAUUGCUGAAAUCCAAGUCUAACAGCCGCAGGGCUGUGAACAGAGGCUAUGUCACCAUCUUGCUCCGGCUGCAUCAGGACUGGCACAGCCAUGACACGACCAAUUCCUACGUGCUGAUCCGCAGGGCGCUUCUGCUUUGCCUCAGGCAUAUUGCCAACCUCCGGUCUGGCAGGGAGGCCUUCCUGGCAGCUCAGGGCAUGGAGAUCCUUUUCAGCACCACACAGAACUGCCUGGAUGACAAAAGUCUGGAGCCUGUCAUCUCCCUUGUGCUUCAGAUCCUGAGGCAAUGCUACCCUAAGAGUCCACUUCCCUUGGUCACAACCAGCAGUGCUUAUUCCUUCCCAGUCCCUGGGAACAUCACCUCUGAACCUCCACAUGUUCUAACUGAAGAUUUUGAAGAUGAUGGCGAGGAAGAAGAGGACAAAGACUCAGAUUCUGAAGAUGUGAAAGAGGAAGAUGAAGACUUGGAAACAGAUGUGAACAAGCUGAGCUCCAAACCUGGUCUUGAUCGACCUGAAGAGGAACUGAUGCAAUACAAGGCAAUGUGUCUUGAGCUCACCUGCAGUUUUGAGGAACUGGAGUCCAAACCUGGAGAUGGUUUGAACUAUGACGAGACUCAGUAUGCCAAUCACCACCACAUUCUGACUGCUGCCUCCCCAAAAGGGCUUUGCUUGAAUAAGGACCAAAUCUCCUGGGGACAAGAAAGAGAAGUCCCUGUCCAGACCUCCCUUCUGAGCAGAGUGAAGAUGGGGAGGUCCAACAUACAUCUAACCUCCAAAAAAGGACCUGGAAUUAACCCAUACCAAAAUGCACGAUCCAAUGGUCUUGGGAUAGGUUCUUCUGGAAGUGAAAUCUCAGACAUUCAGGCGUCCUUCAAAGAGGAUGCUUGGGACAUAGAUGCGAUUUCCUGCCCAAGGAUAAGUGCCUCCUUUUCCAAUUCCACUAGACCUAGAGAAACUGCUGAAUUAAUAGAUAAGCUCCUGCAGACACAUCCGACGCAUAUCGCCUUCCAUGACCCCUAUCUUUAUAUGGCCAAAGCUAGAAGAACCAGAUCUGUGUCUGACUUCACAAUGAUGGCAUUUCCUGAUUUCUGGGGACAUUGUCCACCUCUCUCUGCCCAGUCCAUGUUGGAACGUAAAUGUGGAGUCCAAAGGAUCAAAAUAUUUGAGGAUGUCCGGAGGCUCAUCCAGCCAAGCGAUAUUAUAAAUAAAGUUGUCUUCAGUCUAGAUGAGCCUUGGCCUUUGCAAGACACCACUUCUGACUGCUUACGGUUCUUCUCCAAGUUUGAGUCUGGAAAUCUUCGCAAAGCCAUCCAAGUGCGUGAGUUGGAGUAUGACUUACUGAUCAAUGCUGAUGUGAAUAGCACGCAGCACCAGCAGUGGUUCUAUUUCAAGGUGAGCGGUAUGAGGGAUGCGGUCCCUUAUCGCUUCAACAUUAUCAACUGUGAGAAGGCCAACAGCCAGUUCAAUUACGGGAUGCAGCCAACUCUGUAUUCUGUGAAGGAGGCUCUUCUUGGCAGACCUGCCUGGGUACGGACAGGCUAUGAAAUCUGUUAUUACAAGAAUCAUUAUCGCCAGAGCGCAGCCAUCACAGGGGCAGAGUCUGGGAAGUGCUAUUACACCCUCACCUUUGCCGUCACCUUCCCGCAUGCCGAGGAUGUCUGCUACCUGGCCUACCACUAUCCCUACACCUACACCGCCCUCAUGACUCACCUUGAUGUUCUGGAAAAAAGCGUGAACCCCAAGCAGGUCUACUUCCAUCAGGAGAUUCUCUGCCAGACGCUAGGAGGGAAUUCAUGUCCAUUGGUGACCAUCACUGCCAUGCCCGAGUCUAACAGUGCUGACCACCUGGAGCAGCUCCGGCAGCGCCCAUACCAGGUGAUUACUGCUCGAGUUCACCCAGGAGAGAGCAAUGCCAGCUGGGUGAUGAAGGGGACCUUGGAGUUCCUGGUCAGCAGUGACCCUGUGGCUAGGCUCUUGAGGGAAAACUUCAUUUUCAAGAUCAUCCCCAUGCUCAACCCGGAUGGUGUCAUCAAUGGCAAUCACAGAUGCUCACUGAGAGGAGAGGAUUUGAACAGACAGUGGCUCUCUCCUAGUGCUCGUCUCCAGCCCACAAUUUACCACGCCAAAGGACUCCUCCACUACCUGGGCAGCAUUGGCCGGCGUCCCAUGGUCUUCUGUGAUUUCCAUGGUCACUCUCAAAAAAGGAAUGUGUUCCUUUACGGUUGUAGCAUCAAAGAGACUUUGUGGCAGGCAGGGUCCACGGUGGGCACAUCCAAUCUCUUGGAAGAUGUCAGCUACAGGACUCUUCCCAAAAUCCUUGAUAAACUAGCACCAGCAUUCACCUUAAGCAGCUGCAGCUUCCUCGUGGAGAAAUCCCGAGCCUCCACAGCACGGGUAGUGGUGUGGAGAGAGAUGGGGGUGUCCAGAAGCUACACCAUGGAGAGCAGCUACUGUGGCUGCAACCAGGGCCCCUAUCAGUGCACUCUCUUUUUAUUGGAUGUAACAAAAACAGACACUGCUCAUGCUUUGUUUAACUGACAGGGUCUACAGUUUGGUACCAGUGAACUGGAGGAGAUGGGGUCUAUGUUCUGCUUGGGCCUCCUCAUCUUGGAACUCAAAUCUGUAAGCUGCAGCCGUCAGCUCCUGACCUGUGCAGCAGCUCUACUGAAUGCUGAGGAGGAGUCUCUGGACCACCACCUCCAGCGGUAA